GGAGCCAGCGAGGGCUUCUCCGCCUCGGCUGCGCGCAAGAUGGCGAUGGCGGGGCGGCGGCGGCGCGACUGAAGCCCCCCGGGCCGGGCCGGGCCGGGCCGGGCUGCCAUGGCGCCGGGGGGGCUGCUGUGGCUGGCUCUGCUGGGCAGCGCCUGCGGCGGGGCAGGGAACCCAUCUCCUCUGGAACUGAGCUGUGGCACUACCAGCCCGGGCCAAGUGACGCUGGAGCCGAACCAAACUCUCGUGCUGGACUGCACCUUGAUGCCCGCUGAGCAGAUCCUUGGCGUCACCUGGAUGAAGAACGGGCUCCAGGUCGUGGAAGAGGAGAACCUGCGCGUCCUCCCGAACGGAUCUCUGUUCAUAUCAGCCGCCUGGAAUGCUUUGGACGAGGGCGACUCGCUCAGAAGGUCUGGCGUGGAGGGGAACUACUCUUGCGUCUCUCAUAGAUCUCUUGGCUCAGUGGCCAGCCAAAUAGUUCUCCUUCGGGAUUCGACAUUGUCUCAGUUUUUCCAACAUCCAGAGUCUCAGACCGUGGAACGGAAGGGCGUGGCCCGUUUCGAGUGUCAGAUUGAAGGGAUACCUGUUCCAGUAAUCUCCUGGCAGAAGGACCACGUGGCCGUGUCUUUGGAUCCCAGGUUCAUCGUUCUCCCAAAUGGGGUCCUCCAAAUCGUAGACGUGCAGGAGAGCGAUGCAGGGGCCUACCAUUGCGUCGCGAGCAACUGGGCGGGGAGACGUCACAGCGCCAACGCCAUUCUGAGCAUUGUGAAAGGUCAUCAGCUGCCACCCAUGGGAGACGUGACCUUCGCAGCCGCCCCGGAGAACACCACCGUAGCGGUCGGGGAAACUGCCGUGCUGGAGUGCAUGGCCUCUGCGGACCCCGUGCCGUUCGUCUCUUGGAUACGGGAGGACGGGGACCCCAUUUCCACGGACGUGAUCGUGUUGGGACGGACCAAUCUCGUGAUUCCUUACGCCCAGCCCCACCACGCGGGAGUGUACGUGUGCCGUGCCAAUAAACCCCAGACCCGGCAGUUUGUGACCGCUGCAGCUGAGCUCCGAGUCCUUGCUCCCCCCUCUGUCUCCCAGGCGCCCGAAACCAUUUCCCGGACCCGCGCCAGCACCGCUAGGUUUGUCUGCAGAGCAGAAGGGGAGCCGACCCCCAACAUCCACUGGAUGAAGAACGGAGAACCCCUGUCGUCCAACGGGCGGGUGAAGAUGCAGAGCAGCGGGACCUUGGUCAUCAACCAAAUCGGGAUGGACGACGCGGGCUACUACCAGUGCGUGGCGGAAAACCCGCUGGGCAUGGCAUGCGCCACUGCCCAGUUGGCGGUGAUUGUGCGCGAAGGUCUGCCCAGCUCUCCGAAGAAGGUCACUGCAAGUUCGCUGUCCAGCACCACGGUCUUAGUAUCCUGGGAACGGCCGGAAUUCAACAGCGAGCAGAUUAUCGGGUUCUCGCUGCAUUACCAGAAAGCUUUGGGCAAUACGUUUAGUACCGAGGUGCACGGGCUGGAGAGCGACACCAGAUACUUCUUCAAGAUGGGAGCAAAGACGGUUGUCGGGUCCGGCCCGUACUCGAACGUUAAGGAUGUGCAGACACUGCAAGAGCGGUUCUCAGAUAUUCUGGACGUCCACUCAGUCACGGGAAUCAUCGUUGGAGUCUGCUUGGGUCUUCUCUGCAUUCUCUUCUGCAUGUGUGCUACUUUCCACAACAACAAACCAAGGGAUUCAGUGCCAGGCUUGGAUUCCCAAGCUGCUGGAAACCAUGUCUACUACCUUCGGAACCGGCAGCUGCCGCCACCAACUCUGGCCCCGUCUGAUUCUCACGAGCUAGAGUCUCUAAUGUCCCCACUUCCCAAGGAUGCCCCCUCGCCAUCAGCAGACGUCACGGAACUGCCAGAAGUGCAGGGUCUUGUCCGGGGCAGUUUUCUGGAGGACAGUGCAAGCCACAUCAAAAGGAAGCCACCUUGGAGUAAGCCAAUGGACAGCUGGGCAAGCCCCAUCGUGCGCUACGGAGAGACGGUCAUAAAAGACACAGCAGUGGCUUUGAAUGGAACUGUGAAGGUGGCGUCCAGUGGCGGGCGGAACCUGGUGUUACACGCUUUGGUGUAUGAGGCUGUGAUGAACGACGGGAAGAAGGAACAGACACCUGGCAACGUCAGCCAGGUGGAAGCGGAGGUCAUCGUCCACUCGGAUUUCUUGGCCUCCAGCAGAGAUCACGACGCGCAGCUCCGCAUGCUGGACGCAGAAGGGCUGCCUCUGGAGGUCUGGGCCCCAAAACGCCCCUCUUCAGAGGGAGACUCGUCUCGGCGGGCUUCUCCAGGCCAUUCUGAGCAUAGCCAGGAAGGGGAAAGUGGGCCAGAGGGCUCUGGGGCGUCGUUAAAGACUUCCAAGAUGGCGGCUGGUUUCCCGGGGUCUGGGGAACGCCUGGACUCAGUGGGGAGCGGGAAUGCCAACCUUCUUCAGGAAGAGGGAGAGGUCGUCGACCCCACUCCCUGUGAUGUUUUCCCCACGAGCCAAUCGCAGGUCUUGCUCUGCAGGGGCCUUUCUAGUCUCAUCAGUUCUCCCGCAGCGUUUGAGAACGUGGCCUGUGCCCACCAUCUUUGAAGAGGGCAGCGGGCUCUGGCAAAAAGCUUGCAAUAGCAUAACAUCCUCGGCGGUACUAAAUAGCUUCAUAAUUCGAAGUUUAGCGGAAGGGAGGGAGGGCCCGUGGCUCAAUGGCCGAGCAUCUCGGCACGCAGAUCUCCCCAGGUUCGAACCCCGGGAUCUCCAGCUGGAAAAACCAGGCAGGAGGUGACGUGGAAGAUCUCAGCCUGAAUCUUGAAGAGCAGUGGGCAAUGUUGACGUUGAUCGCCUGACUCAGAAGGCGGAUGCAUUGAAGGGUGGUCCUCGGCUCAGUGGGGGAGCACCAGGCCCGCGUGCAGAAGGUCCCGAGUUUGACCCCUCAAAUCUCCCGCUAAAAGGGUGAGCCAGUAGGUGAUGCGAAAGACCUCCUCUUGAGAUAGAAAGCCCGAAGGAAAGAUCAAUAUUAUCCUUUAAAGGUAAUAUCGAUAUCGCUCAUAUCGAUAUUGCGGAGGUUGCUUUCGUGGCUUUUGCAUUUUAAGGGGAAUACUGGCCUUGGUGGACCGACACGGAAUAAGCCAGUUUCAUUUUUGGCUCAGUGGUAGAGCAUUUGGUUGGCAUGCAGAGGGCCCUGGGUUUAAUCCUCGGCAACUCCAGGUAAAAAAAACGAGGCAGUAGGUAAUGUGAAAGACCCUGUGAGAGUACGAGAGCCACUGCUGGUCUGAGCAGGUAAUUCUCACCUUGAUGGACCGAUGGUAUGAUGCAGGAUAAGAAGAAGAAGAAUUCGGAUAUAUACCCCGCCUUUCUCCCCUGUAAGGAGACUCAAAGUGGCUGACAAGCUCUUUCCCUUCCUCUCCCGACAACAGUGAGGUAGGUGGGGCUGAGAGAGU